AUGGAACCAGAAAAUAUUACUGGAAUUAUAGAAUUUCUAAUUCUAGGAUUGUCCGAGGAACAAGAACUGCAGUCCUUGAUUUUUUGCCUUUUCCUGUCCAUGUACCUGAUCACCGUGCUGGAGAACCUGCUCAUUAUCCUGGCCGUCAGCUCAGACCCCCACCUCCACACGCCCAUGUACUUCAUUUCUAACCUGGCCUUCAUGGACAUCUGCUUGACCUCUACUAACAUCCCCAAGAUGCUGGUGAACAUACAGGCCCAGAGCAAAGCCAUCACCUAUGAAGGCUGCAUCACCCAGAUGUAUUUUUUCAUCCUCUUUGCAGGCCUGGACAAUAUCCUCCUGGCGGUGAUGGCCUAUGACUGCUAUGUGGCCAUUUGCCACCCUUUGCACUACAUGGUCAUCAUGAAUCCCCACCUCUGUGGGCUGCUGGUUCUGGGGUCCUGGGUCACCAUUGCCCUGAAUUCCUUAUUAGAAGUCUCCAUGGUUUUACGCCUGUCCUUCUGUACAGAUGUGAAAAUCCCUCAUUAUUUCUGCAAACUCAAUCAGGUGAUCCAACUUGCCUGUUCAGACACCGUUCCUAAUGAUUUGGUGAUAUUGUUUACAGCCGUGUUCCUGGGGGGCGGCCCCCUGACUGGGAUCCUUUACUCUUACUCCAAGAUCAUCUCCUCCAUACGGAGAAUCUCUUCCGCUCAGGGGAAGUUUAAGGCAUUUUCCACCUGCACGUCUCACCUCGCCGUGGUCUCCCUGUUCUACUGUACCAUCCUAGGGGUGUAUCUGAGCGCCGCCGUGUCUCAGAACUCCCAUUCAACUGCCAUCGCCUCAAUAAUGUACACAGUGGUCACCCCCAUGCUGAAUCCCUUCAUCUACAGCCUCCGGAACAAAGACAUCAAGGCCACUCUGAUAAGACUUAUCAGGAAGAAAAACUAA